GGAGGAGGAAGAGAAAAGGAGGCAGGAGGAGGAAGAAGAGAAAAGGAGGCAGGAGGAAGAGGAGAAAGAGAAGAAGAGGAAGAAGCAGGAGGAGGAGGAGAAAGAGAAGAAGAGGAAGAAGCAGGAGAUCUCCCUGGAGGUCAUCUUACUGGUGGACAGCGAGGAAGAGGGGGAAGAGAAAGCCCCAGCCGCCGGGCGCGGUCGUGGUCGCGGUCGCGGAAGAGGGCGAGGACGCGGUGCCGGCGGGCGCGCACGGGUCGAGCCUGUGGCUGCUCCGGCUACGAGGAGAAGGGCUGCGGCAAGCGAGACCGCGACGGAGGAUGCACCUGCGGAGCCUGUGGCGGCUCCGGCUACGAGGAAAAGGGCUGCGGCAAGCAAGACCGAGACAGAGGAUGCCGCUGCGGAGGCCGUGCCGGCCCGUGCCACUCGCGCUCGGAGCCAGACGACGGCGGCGCCCGUGGCCGAGGAAGAGGCGCCCAAGACAAGACGGGCGUCGAGGCGGACCGCGGCGACCAAGACUGGUUCGCAGCAGGAAGAAGAAGGAAAGGGGGCACAAGCUGUCGCCUCUGAUAUGGAAACUGCGGAAAUGGAAGAAGAUGCCACGAAUACUCAGAACGAGGAGCGCAACGAGGUUGAGGAACAGAGCCAUGACGGCGAAGAGGUAGUGGUCGCGGAUACACCAGCACAGGUGCAAGAAGAGCCACCGGUGGAGAAGGAGGAGGACGGUAGGCAAGAAUCUCCUGCCGUUGGCGGGGGGCGGCGAGGUGCCAGACGACGCGCACGGCCCGAGGCUGUGGCGUCUCCGGCCACGAGGAAAAAGGCUGCAACAAGGAAGACCGUGACAUGGGUUGACGCUCCGGCAGCCGAGGCCGUGCCGGCUCGGGCCACCCGUGGCGCUCGGAGCCAGAGCACGGUGGCUGAGGAGGCGCCUAAGGGAAGACGGACGUCGAGGAAGACUGCUGCGCAGCAGGAAGAGGAAGGCCAGCAAGCCGUUGCCUCUGAUGCGAAAGCUGCUGCGCCUGCACCGGUUUCCGCCGACGAAGCAGCUGGUGAUGCUGCAGAAAUGGAGGAAGAAGCCACGAAUCCGCAGGACCAGGUUGAGGAAGAAGAAGCACUGGUGGAGAAGGAGGAGGGUGUUGGGCAAGACCAGAACGAAGAGAAAUCGCCUGCCGUUGCCGUGGGGCGGCGUGGUGCCCGCGGGCGCCCACGGGCCGAGCCUGUGGCAGCUCCGGCUACGAGGAGAAGGGCCGCAACAAGCAAGACCGUGACAGAGGAGGCGCCCGCGGAGGCCGUGCCGGCUCGGGCCACUCGUCGCGCUCGGAGCCAGACCACGGUGGUUCCGGUGGCCGAGGAAGCCGCGCCCAAGACAAGACGGGCGUCAAGGAGGGCUCCGGCGAAGAAGACUGGUGGGCAGCAAGACGAGGAAGAAGAGCAAUGCCAGCAAGCAGCUGUUGUCGAAACUGUUGCCCCUGCGCCGGUUUCCUCUGACGAGGGAGCUGAUGAUGCUGCAGCAAUGGAAGCAGCCAUGGAUCCUCAGACUGAGGAGCAAAACGAGCUAGUUGAGGAGCAGAACAAGCAAGAGGAACUUGAGACAGGUGAUGAUAUGGAAACUGCUGUACCUGCUGUGCCCACUGAAAAAAUGGAAAAGGAGGCCAUGGAUCUUCAGAACGAAGAGCAAAACAAGCUGGUUGAGGACCAGUGUCAGGAAGAUGCAGGUGGUGUGGCUGAUAUGGAAACAGCACCCGUUUCCUCUGACAAGGAAGAUGAUGAUACUGAAGAGAUAGAAGAAGAGGCCGUGGAUCCUGAGAACGGUGAGCAAAAGGAGCCACUAGUUGAGGAACAGAGCCAGGAAGAGGAACGUGAGACAGGUGAUGCCCCUGAUAUGGAAACUGCUGUACCUGCACCGGUUUCCUCAGACGAGGCCAUGCAUCAUCAGAACGAAGAGCAGAAGGAGCUACUGGUUGAGGAGCAGAGCCAGGAAGAAGCGGGUGAUGUGCAUGUGCCUGCUAUGGAAACUGCGCCGGUUUCCCCUGCCGAGGAAGAUGGUGAUACUGAAGAAAUAGAAGAAGAGGAGGGUGUGGAAUUGGUUUCCUCUGUCGAGGAAAAUGAUGAUACUGAAGAAAUAGAAGAAGAGCAGAGCCAGGAAGACGAAGGUGUGGUGGAAACUGCUGUGCACGCACCGGUCUCUUCAGACGAGGGAGGCAGCGGUACUGAAGAAAUGAAAGAAGAGGACAUGGAUCUUCAGAAAGAGGACGCAAACGAGCUAAUUGAGGAACAGAGCCAGGAAGACGAAGGUUGCGUCCCUGACAUGGAAACUGCUGUGCAUGCGGUUUCCUCAGACGAGGGAAGUGAUGAUGGUACUGAAGAAAUGGAAGAAGAGGCCAUGGGUCCUCAGAACGAGGUGCAAAACGAGCUAGUUGAGGAACAAGCUAAGGAAGAAGAAGGGUUAGCCACGGAUAUGCAAACCAGUCCCGAACUAGUGGAAGAAACAGCAGCACCAGUGGCAGAAGAUUGCAGCACGGUUGUUUCGUCUGUGGAAGAGCAGCAGGACGAUGUCCAGCAGUGUGAGCAGUCUCCAGUGAAUGUUGUUAACGAGGAAGGCCAUUUUCCGGCUGAAACUGUCUCCAGCGAGGGGCCACUGGACGUUGAGAUUCAUCAUGGCGGUGAGGCCGCUGAGGAAGCCGAGGAUCAUCAGUUCACUGAAGAGACUGAAAUGGCACCGGAAUCCGGUGAGGCCACUGAGGAAGCUGAGGAGCAUCAGUCCACUGAAGAGACUGAAAUGAUGGUGCCCGUGGAAGAGACCGCUGAGGAAGCUGAGGAGAUUCAUCAGUCCAGUGAAGAGACAGAAAUGGUGCCCGUUGCCGAGUCGGCGGCUCAGGCCGCUGACAAAGCUGAGCAGAUUCAUCAGUCGAGUGAAGAGACCGAAAUGGUGCCCGUGGACUCACCGGUGCCGCAGGAGGCUGCUGUGGAGGACCUGGUGGUUGGUUUCACCUGCCAUGCAGACACCGCCAUUGAGAAGGAGAGUGAAGUGCUUCAGAGUGCAGCCAAAGCCAAUGAGGAGAAGGAAGACCUGGCUGUUGAAGAGGAGGAGAGUGAAGUGCUCUUUGGUGCUCUUUUCCAGAGCGCAGCCAAAACCAGUGAGUACAAGGAUGUUGAAGAGUUGCAGCACGACAUGGAUGAGGCUACUGCAGAGGAUGACAAUGAAGUUUCAGUCCUUGGUGCUCUGUUCCAGAGCGCAGCCAAAGCCAAUCAGAACAAGGGAGAUGUGGCUGUUGAAGAGGACAAUGAUGUGUCAAUCCUUGGUGCUCUGUUCCAGAGCGCAGCCAAAACAAAUGAGAACAAGGAACAACAACUGGUUGUUGAUGAGGGGCACUAUAACAUGGAUGAGUGUGCUGCAGAGGAGGAGAAUGAGGAAGAUAUGGCUGUCUUUGGUGCCCUGUUUCAGAGCGCAGCCAAGUCCAGUGAGAACAAGGAACAUCUGGUUGUUGAUGAGUCUGUUGAGGAGAAUGAGGUGCCAUUCUUAGGUGCUCUGUUUCAGAGCGCAGCCAAGUGCAACGAGAACAAGGAUCAUCAUCUGGUUGCUGGUGAGGCGCGGCAUGACAUGGAUGAGGCUGUUGAAGAGGAGGAGAAUGAAGUACAAACAACCUUUGGUGCUCUCCUUGAGAGCGCAGCCAAGACCAAUGAGAAGGAAGAUGUGGCUGUUGAUGAGUUGCAGCAUAACAAGUCUGUUGAAGAGGAGGAGAACGAUGAAGACCGAACAACCUUGGCUGCUUGGCUGCUGCUUCACAGAGCAGCCAAGGCCCAUGAAAUCAAGGGAGAAGGUCUGAUUGUUGAUGACACAGAAGAGCCUGUUGAAGAGGAGCCAAAGAUGGAGAGUGUUGAGGCCACUGUGACAGAGGAGAGUGGCAUCACCGGUGAGCUGACAAAUGUGCCCGUCGAGGAGGACGACGGCGGCGUGGUGGCCGCCGACGACGUGCCACUCAGCUCAGCCACAAUGUUUGAGGGCGCUGUACAGGUGGUCACCGUCGAGUACCUGUCGCAAGCCACGGUAACUGACGAUGAGGGUGCAGUCAAGGGCGGCCUUGCAGAUGUGUCCGUUGAAGAGGAUAGAGUGGUGGCCACCAUGGACGAGAAGGUGGAGGAGGUGCUCCUGUCGCAGGCCACGGUGACUGAUGACGAGUGGGCAGCCAGGGAGUGUGCUUUUUCCACCGGUAACCUCACACCGGUGGUCGACGCUGCCAAGGAAGUGGUGACCGUCGACUACCUCUCGCAGGCCACAGUGACAGACGACGAAUGGGCAGUCAAGGAGAGCGCUUUCGCCGGCGACCGCUCGCCGGUGUUCGACGCUGCCGGAGACUGCAGCGGCCAGGUCAUUUCCCCGCUGUUCGCAGGCCUGUUCGAGGAUGCCACCAAGUUCCUGUCCAUGGACUCAGUCACCGUGGAGGCAACAACGGUGCCUGAAGCUGCCGCUGAGAAGAACGUUACUGAGCCUGUGGCGAUGGAAAGAGAGAAGGAAGUGAAGGAGGAGGGCAAUGAAUCUGAAGCAUUGGGCAGCCUGAGCCUGAGGAAGCUUAGGGUCCAGCUCAAGGAGAAGGCUGCAGUGGCACAAGACCUGGAGAAGAAGCCAGUGGAUCAAUUUUCCAUCCACCCAAUAUUUGAAGUGAAGGAAGGGAAGAAGCCGCUGGACACGCUUAGCCUGAGGAGGCUCAGGCUGAAGCUCAAGGAGAAGCUCAAUGCUCAGAAGAACAGAGAGCCAACAACUAGGGCGCCCCUCGGCAGGCUGGACGAGAACUCGGCGUCCAAGUCGCAGAAGAGGGAGCACAACAGGGUGCCCCUCGGCAGGCUGGACCAGAAUUCGGCGUCGAAAACGCAGAACAGAGAGCGGAGCAGGGUGCGCCUUGGCAGGCUCGACGAGAACGCGUGCUGAUGAUUGAUUAUCUAACUUGGGUGCUCACUGAAUGAACUCCAGCACUUCGUGUCGGAAGAUUUGGUUGAGAAACCAUGGUUUCUCCAACCCCCUUGAUCCUAACUUAUCUGCGUGCGUUCUUGUGCUGUUACUUUGCGCGUUCGCCGGCAGAGCGUGAGAAGAUUUGGCUGUAUUUUUUAGUCGACUCUUGUCGUGUUCUGAACUUGUAUCAGAGUGCUUACUUCUAAGUGGUGACAGUUACAUAUAUCAGAGUGUUUGUUGCUUA